CGCAUUAGCAGUCGCCAUCUUUGGUCGAAAUUGGGAAGUUGUUCCAGCUGCUUUGCUCCUGUGUCAUACGGGUGCUUUAGGCCCCAGGAAAAAGUGUGCGAUUUUCCUGGCUCGUCGGCAGUUCGUGCUCCUGCGAGCCAACGCCCCAGGAUUAAUGUGUUCCUAGCGUCCACACUUCAAAGAAAAGAGAGGCGCCAUGACCAUUCUGCCCACGAAAAAGUCGUCGCAGUCGAAAAGCGAGGGCGACGGCUCCGACCCGAGCUCGUUUCAUGGCGACCGCCAUGGUCACUCGGGCGCCGAGCAGUACAACUUCGCGAAUCGCAACUCGCCUCCUCGCUGGGCGGCGUCCAACGCCAGUUCGCGGGACGAAAAACGGCCCGCACACGCGACCGCCACUGGCUUCGACGACACCGUCGACGGCGGGCCGAGCCACUCCAAGCGCAGGCACAGGGCAUCGCCGCACCGAAGUCUGCGCAAGGCGCACCACCGCUCGGCUGGCAUAGUCGUCAAGCCCAGCACAUCGCAGGGAGCCAAUAGCCCCGCGGUCGAGGACUCGGCGUCGGGCCGCGAAGACGCCGACCCGAGCGGAUACAACUCGGGCGACGAGUACGACAAGCCGCCCGAGCUGUGGACCAACGAGGAGUACAAUGAGAGGGAGUACCACUUUGAGAAAAAGCUUCGCAAGAAGGGACUGACGAUCAAGAACAUGGGCGAAGAUGGUGCCUGCCUCUUCAGGGCAGUGGCGGACCAGGUGUACGGGGACCAGGAGAUGCACAAGGCAGUGCGCAAGCUCUGCAUGGACUACAUGGCCAAGAAUUCCGACUACUACUCUCAGUACGUGACUGAGGACUUCGACAAGUACCUGGAGCGCAAGCGGUGCGACCACAUUCAUGGCAACCACAUUGAAAUGCAGGCCCUGUCCGAGAUGUUCAACCGGCCAAUCGAGGUCUAUCACUACAGCUCCGAGCCGAUCAACAUCUUUCACGGGGGCCAGCAGACGGACAAUGAGCCGAUCCGCCUGAGCUACCACCGCAACGUGCACUACAACUCUAUCGUGGACCCGUACAAGGCCACGGUGGGCGUGGGCCUCGGCCUGCCGUCCUUCAAGCCCGGUCUGGCCGACAAGACCCUGGUGAAGGAGGCCCUGCGUGCUUCGGAGGAGCUCCAGCUGGAGCAGGCCAUGCUGGAGGACAAGCUGCGUGCCACCGACUGGGAGGCCACCAGCGAGGCUCUUGAAGAGCAGGUGGCCCGAGAGUCCUACCUGCACUGGCUACGCGAGAAUGAGAUGCGCGCACGCAAGAAGACCCGGUCGGCCACGGCCACAUCCAGCUCGAGCCUCUCCCCCCUGGUGGAAGUUGGGGGCAACACGGCCGCAUCUGGAGCCUCCUCCUCUCCACGUGGAGGCAGAGCAUCCCCACGUUCACGAGCCAGUCCUCGCACACCACCACUCGGAGGGGCACUGUCAGACCAGUCCGACGCUGCCGCCCAUGCCGGUGACGGUAAAGAGCUGAGCCCCAAGGCAGGCAGCUCGGGCCUCUCCAGCUCACGUGACAACUUGCAGCAGCCGUCCUCGGGGAGUGCCCCACACUUGCAGCUGCAGGAGGAAGGCUUCUCCCUGAUCGAAACGGCCUCCUUCCUCAACCACCUGCCACCGUCCAUCUUUGGCCUGACGGAGUGGGAAGACACGGACAUCAUAGCCAGGGUGCUGGCGCAGUCACAGCAGGAGUACCUGGACUCCCUGAAGCGAGCAUCAACCACCAACGUACCUUCGCCCGGCUCCCGCUCUCCCGCGAGGGACAACUCUGACUGUGCAGCCACCGCAGCUGCACCCAGCUCCUCCAAUGCGGCUUCAGUGUCGAGCUAACGGAGCGGCCGGGCCAUCGCGGCGCGGGCACUGUGAGCGCUCUGCUGAGACAGUUCUGCAUCGCGUGUUGUGGUCUGUGAAAGGGAAGGGACCGUUGCACCGCCGCCGCCGUCUGGUCACACGGCAGACCUUGGUCUGCUUCUCCUGUUCGUGACCCUCGGCUUUCAGCCAUGGCGACACGUGCUAAAAUGUGCCCGCGUCACGUGCUUUGGAUGCGUCGUCGUGGCCUGCACCUUGCCUUUGUGGCUGUGGACAAACUCGCCGUGAUUGGGGAGAAAAAGAAAAAAGGACAAUCCUGUGGCUCGGCAAGACAGGACCAAGAACAGACGGCCAGUUCUCUUUUCCAGAAACAUUUUUUUCUUUUUCUCGUGCUCUUUAUUUUUUGGUCAGAGCAGAUUGUGCAUGUACGCUUGCGUCUCUGGUCUUGUCUGCAAAGUGCACUGUAGCUAUUGUGCUGGUAUCACUUCCUUUCCUUGAUCCCAGUGACAUCGUACUGAGAAUUAGAUUGCAAAAUUGGCUGCAUUGACAAAUGGGUGUUAAUUCAGUUUUGCCCUGAAGCUGCUGGUGCUAAUGUAAAUUGCUUGGUCAUGCCCGAAUCGAGCGUAUAGAAUUGUACAGGGUUGCCAGCGUUGGUGAGAGUAAGUGUAUGAAAGGAUGCAGCAGUGUUAAAGUUCUCGAGUGUCGGCUUGAUUUCAUUGUAAGUACAAGUGGGGUUUUUCUUUCAUUCAUGCUUUGAGUUGUCAGCUGCGAAUAGCUUGUAAUUAGCUGUACGCGUUCUUUGCUGUGCCCAUCUAGCGCCAUUGUGCCCUGAGCUUUGGUGGAUUGCAUUGGCACAGGCAGUAGCAGCCUGCAGUGUUUUACUGGCAACAUUAGCAGCUAGAAGCUUUGGCCUCGACUGGAAAGUGUUUCAUAUUGACUUGGCUUGAUUGCGUAGUUAUUUGUUGUAUAGAGGAAUGCCGCAUAGGGUCCCUGUAGGCUUGCUUUUGCCCAACACAUUCAUGUAAACCAUUUGUGGCCGGCUGAAUCCUUGCUUUUUCAAUAAACUUGGCAGUUUGAGCUCACA